CCAAGCAGCUCUCCUGAGUUGAGUUCAAGUUCCGUUCCAACAACAUCCGUGUGAUCACAAUAACCUUUCCUGCUUGUAUCGCGUGUUUGUUGAAAGGGCAAGAGUAUUAUGAGGAGGAAGACUCAAGAUUGACCAGUCCACGUGAGGUUCAAUGUUGCUUUGGCAAUUGUUCCUAGUAGCCGCGAUCUAUCUCAAUGUCUGUCUUUCUCACGAUUUCACCGAAACCCUUGAUGAAAACGAGAAGCUUAACUUUGCUGGCAUCAGUCAGAUCCAUUACCACUUGGAUGACGACAGGGAUGGCAAGGUUGACGUCAGUGAAUCCGAUGAGUUUAUGAGGGAUGAACUCCAUCUGUCUGAUCAAAAUCGACACAACCAUUUCCAUGGCAAUGACUCCCUGAUCACUGUGGAAGACCUAUGGAAAAGCUGGGUUUCUAGUGAAGUACAUAAUUGGACCAGCAAAGAAGUUGUAUCAUGGCUUGUUGACUGUGUUCACUUGCCUCAGUACUCUGAGGCAUUCAAGUCUUAUGGUGUUAAUGGCUCAAUGUUACCCAGACUGGCAACUAAGCACAAUGGUUUCCUGCACGCGGAUCUGGGGGUCAAAGAUCCGAAACAUCGCAAGAAAAUCUCUCUUCGCGCUAUGGACGUCAUUCUGUUCGGACCUCCAGCAUCUGGGCAUAACUUCUUGAAGGACAUCGUUGUUGCGUUCUCUGUGUUGAUAGCUACCGUUGGGUGCUGGUUUGCCGUGCACCAGAAGCGACGCGCUAAACAGCAGAUCGAGCAAACCAUGAGAGACUUGAAGGUGUUACAACAAGCGGAGAAGAACUUUGCCGACCUGCAAGCCCGUUUGGCUGCCGCCGAGGAGGACCAUCAGCGAGCCAUGAAACAGAAAGGCGACCUGGAGACGAGGCUGCAGGAGGAGAUAGACGCAUCAAAGUUUGAAGCUGAGAGACUCCAAGACGCCAAAGACGGCACAAAGGAGCAACUACAGCGAUUGUAUAUCGCAGAACAGGAAUUGAUGCAGGUGCGUAAGGCUUUGCGCAAAGCCGAGCGCGAGCUAGAGUACCGAUCAUGGAAGGCGCCAGAGGAGCUUGCGCAGUGGCUGCAUAUUACCUACACCAAGGAGUCACGCCACUUCCAGAUGAAGCGCACACAGGCUCUCAAACAGAUGACGGAAGCCAAGGACGCGUGUGAUCGGAUACGGAAGAAAAGAAACAGUUUUAUCGGAUCGUUUCGGAUGGCGCAUGAUCUCACAAUAGACGAAGUAGACCAACAAAUUCUGGCAGCCAGGGCGGCGCUGGCGGAUGUCACCAACGAGAUGGAGGAGCGUCAGCGUAGAUGGUAUCAGAUCGAGGCUCUCAGUGGCCUGCCUAUCAUGUCAAGCAGCGCCACUUCCGGUUUAGAGUCGGAAUCAGUCGUUUCCCAGGCUAUUGCAAAUGUGGCCAACAUCGGUAGCGUUGGGACUGGACGCAAGGUUUCUGGAAAAGUCCCAUUAGACAAGCAUAGAAAGGCUAGCAGUGACAACAGGCCCGAGAAAGCCUCGCAUAAGCAGGCAAGCGGUAAAUUCUUAUCCGAAAAGCCUGUGAUGGGUCAGGUAAAUGGCGGUUGUCAUGGCGACGAAGACCUUCCGCCCACGUAUUCGAGUGUGACAGGGUCACGUGUCUCCCUGGCAGAGGGCGUGGACACGAGUGCGGCGGAGACUGGUCUGAUUGAUGUGACUUUGUCCAGUCAAGUAGGUACGAGUACUGAAAGCCUAACGAACCGCGACCUGCAAGAACAAGCUGCACCUGAGAAUCUAGCGCUCGCGGUUAACCCUCGCCCAUCCCAGAAACAACUUGUGUUGGUCCUUCCCUCCCCCAUCCCACCCCCUGAGGGGAUCGCCACUACUAGCACCUCGGAGGACCCGCCUCCCCGUCUGCGAGACUCUCCGUCGGGUAACAAGUCAAAAAAGCGCCAUAGCUGGUUCGCCGGUAAAAAAGACUCCUUCAGUGACGGUGAAUCUUCCAUCGAGAAUGACGAGGAAUCAAGGCGGAAGAAAAUCAAGCGGCUGUGGAAACGGGCUUUGUUAAAAACCAAGGCGGAGAGCAAAAAGGCAAGAGAAAAAGGCAAGUUGCCCAGCUCUGCAUCCGCCGACAAGCUUUCAAAAGAGGUGCAAUCCGCUUCGAAUGAGCGACUAGCCAAGCCAGCGAUUUCCCUAUCCAGUGAAGCUCUCGCGGCCUCUCAAACGAGUGGGAAACUAAAGUCAGGUUGAGCUUUUUUAGACCAAUCAGGUGACUUUGGAAAGGCCAAUUUACUGUCUUGGUCUAAAAUGUUCUAUAGACCGUAAUUAGGAAAGGCGGCACGCACAUUUAACUUUUAAAUAAUGUGAAAAUGCUUUUCCUAUCUUCUUGCGGUUGUCCAAAACUUGGAAGUGGGCUCCGUGGGUGUACAGGAGCAGGGUCUCAUUUUCAUUCUAGAUGCGUGCGCGUCCGCUGUAACUCUGUCUAUUAGAUCUGAACUGGCAAAUCAAGAGGCUUUUCCAAACUUGCCUAUCAGAGGGCUUUUCAUUUCACACAAGACACGUUCAAGCGCCACCAUUUACAUCCAGAAAAUUGCGCGAUACACAAACACCUAUUUUGUGUAAAUAUGGGGAAUAAUUUUUUACAUGCGGUCAUUUUAGGAAUUUCUUGUAUAUUUUAAAUUGUAAAUACAGAUUGUACUUUGUUUUAUUAUUCAGCGAAACAUACUGUUGUCUCGCUAUAAUGACUAUUUGUCGCACUAAAAUUCCUCUACUUUAAACUCAAAAGUUCACUGCAUGACUAAAUUAUUCUGAUAUCGUGGAUGUAAACGUUCGCCUUUAGAAAGUGAAUAAAUAGGAAUAUUGA